CUGUCACUCCUCUGAACUGAAUCUUCUGCUCCCACCGUCUCUCUCCCUUCACGGUGGUUCUUCCUUUCGGCGAAGUGCACCUGUUCACUCCGAGUCGACCCAAAAAUGGCUGACGUGGUACAAUAUAGAUUGGAGCGCAUGGUCGACGAGCUCGACGACCUCGAGCAACGUGGCAUCUUCAGUCGCCGCGAAAUAGCCGAGAUCGUGAAGCAACGUCGGAAAUUCGAGUACAGACUCAAGCGCCCGAGCCCCCUCAAGCAGGACUUUUUAGCCUAUAUUGAUUACGAGACUCAGCUUGACUCCCUCCGGAGGCUCCGCAAGAAACUGGUGGUGUCUCACGAGUCGGAGAAUCAGGGAAAUGAGAAGAAGAAGAAGAAGAAGAAGUCCAAGUCGGAUUUUGCUGGUGUGUUGAGGAUUAUGGAUAUUUAUGAGUUGGUUUUGAAGCGGUAUAAAGGCGAUAUUGAUAUUUGGUUUCGGUAUCUUGAGUUUUGCAGACUAAAGAAGAAUGGGAGGAUGAAGAAGGCCCUCGCAAAACUUGUUAGGUUUCAUCCAAAGGUACCAGGAGUUUGGAUAUAUGCUGCAGCUUGGGAAUUUGACCAUAACUUAAAUGUUGCAGCUGCCCGUGCUCUAAUGCAAGAAGGACUUAGGGUUUGCCCAACUUCAGAAGACCUUUGGAUAGAGUAUCUUCGGAUGGAACUUACGUAUCUUAACAAGUUAAAGGCUAGAAAGGUUGCUCUCGGUGAGGAUGAGGGCACUUUGACCCGCGAUCAGAGUGAUGCUUAUGGGAAACAACAGAGAGAAGAAAAUGAAGAUUCCUUCUUGUCCUUCAGUGUUAAACCAGAAAAUAAUGAGAAUUCAAACGUGGAAGAUGGCGAUUCAGAAAAGAAACAAGCAUUAUUUGCUGAGCGUGGUAUGAGCAUCUUCCAAACUAUCUACAGUGGUGCAGUUGAAGCUGUCCCUUCAAGUCUUAAUCUUCGGCAGAGGUUUCUUGAAAUUUUGGAGGGCACUAAGUUAGCAAAUUCUGAAGAAAUGCGUGACGAGAUACUGAAUGGGAUGAAGAGAGAUUUUUUGACAGAGCCAGAGUUCUGGGAUUGGCUUGCAAGACGUGAAUAUAACCCUGAAACUGUGCAUGAGAUGAGUGAAGAAGCCAUCAUUUCCCAUUUGCAAAGGGCAAUUGAGGUUUAUGAGGAGGCUUUGAGAAGUGUUCCUUCGGGCAAUAUGUUUAGAUUGUAUGCAAACUGUCUAAUGAGUUUUAUGGCUCAUAAAGGGGGUGAAACCACUAUAUCUGAGCUGUCAGAUGAAGCUGUAAAUUAUGUAUCACAUCUCUUGAGAAUAUAUGAAAGGGCUGAAAGUAUGGCAUGCCUUACUGAAGAUCUUGCAUGUGAUUAUUUGUCAUUCUAUUUGCAAUUGGGACGGUUGGAUGAAGCCAGGAAGCUGUCAACAAAGCUUUGCUCUGGGAAACUGGCAGAGUCGGUGCAAUUAUGGGUAUUACGGAUAACUAUAGAGAUUAAAUGCAUAGCGGGGAGUUCUCCUUCACUUAGUGAUGCUGAUCUGUUAUCCCUGUUUGAGCUCUUUAGAUGCAGUUUGAGAAGAUUUCCCGUUUCAAAAUCUGAGAACUUGUGGUUAAUGGCCCUUAAAUUCUAUGCAAAUCAAAGACCGUAUUUUAAUAAGCUGUUAGAGAUUUCUGUCACUACUUUGGCCAGGGAUGGUGGCAGUGAAAAUGGAUUUUCCCUCUCCUCUGCCAUUGUAAAGUUUAUCCUUCAGAAGGAUGGAAUUCAGCAGACCAGAGAGACAUAUAAGCGAUUUCUAGCUUUACCACAUCCUGGCCUUGUUUUAUAUAAAAACUGCAUUGACCUUGAAACAAACCUUGCUUCAAUUGGAGAUAAAGAUGGUCUCAUGAACGCUAGAAAAUUAUACGAAUCUGCGCUUGCAACUUAUGACCAAGAUGUCAAAUUGUGGCAAGAUUAUUAUCAAAUGGAAAGCAAGAUGGGAACGUCGGAAAAGGCUACUGCUGUUGUGUGGCGGGCAAGGAGGAUACUCAAAGACGCGGGCGUAUUCAUUGCGUCCCCUAAUUUGGGAUGAUCCUCGAAGAUACUUAUGAAUCAUCAUGGCUUCAGUUUUGACCCCCUUUUUUUGUAUUUUAAAUAUUCGUUCUUUCAGAUAGGGCCAGACAUGAAAGUUUUUCCUACACAUUUCCUUUCGAGACAGAUAAUGCAGUUCCUUUGAUCUUGUCAUACUACCUUGAACCUCUGAAUUCGAGGAUUGAAAUGUACAUUAUUGUGUAAUUUAAAGCUCGAACAAAUACAAAUUUUUAUUCUUACACUUUUUCAAA